AUGGUUUCGUGUGCAGAGAAAUACACCAACAAACAGCAUAUUAUCGCCGAUCGUCUACGAUUGACUUCAAGCCCAUUGGUGCGUGCAUGUUUAGGCGAAUUCAUGGGUACAAUUAUUUUGAUGAUCUUCGGUAGUGGUGUGCUAGCACAAGUGAUCCUCGGUGACCAUGGCAAACAUGCUCAUGGAACAUUCAUUUCAAUCAGUAUGGGGUGGGGUUUCGCAGUGUAUAUGGCAGUGAUGUUCUCAGGACAGUGUGGUUCUGGACACUGUAAUCCAGCUGUGACUCUGGCAGCUGCAGUCGUCGGUAAACUGCCAUUCCGUCGUAUACCGUUUUAUACAUUCUUUCAAGUGCUCGGUGCUUUCCUCGGUUCAUUGGUUGUCUUCGCUCUAUAUCGUGAAAAAAUCACAGAAUAUGCCAACUUGCAUGACAAUGGGAAGUUGUUGGUGAAUUCCACAGGUGGUAUAUUCGUCACCAAUCCAUCGGCAUCUCAUCUCACAUGCUUUCUCGAUCAAAUUCUCGGUACUGCAUUGUUGACUGCAGGAGCGUUCGCCAUCACCGAUCCGAAUGGAUGGAAACUUCCAGACUACUUACAUCCACUACAUUUGGCAUUUAUGGUCUACGCUAUUGUUGGUUGUUUCGCACUGAAUGCCGGAGCUGCUCUAAAUCCAGCUCGUGAUUUGGGACCCAGACUCAUGAUAUUCAUGUUCGGUUGGGGUAACCAAGCAUUCAGUGGAGGAAACUACUUCUUCUGGAUACCAAUAGCUGGACCAUAUAUUGGUGCUGUGAUCGGUGCAGUCUUAUACGAAUUGACUAUCGGUAUACAUUUGGAUAGGAAAUCCGACUUCGUUGUGGACAUUGAUUAUGAAGAAUCACAACGCGAUAGUAAGAAGUUGAUGGCGUCUGCAUCACCGUAA